GUUAGACCGGUUCGACCGGUCAACCCUUGACCCACUACCUCGUCCGAGUCGACGUCCGGUCCGGUUUUCAAAAAAUUGAUUUUUUGCUACUAUUUGACAUUUUGACUUUCAGGAUUAUGGGGUCGUCUGGAAAGCUUCGCUAGUGCCUGAAUCCAGAGAAUUGACCGGAAAUAAAUGGCCAAACCCCGAGUUCGGCGAGUUGGGCCGAGCACUAGCCGGCGGAAUGAACGAGACGGGUCUCCGGCGAACCGGGGCGAGGGUUCAGCCAAUUCUCCGGCGAAGAACCGAGGCCGCAAGCCCCCUUCUUUCAGCAUCUUUUUCUUCAUCGUUUGUCCGGUCAUAUCUGUUAUUGCAUACCGGAAGAUAUACUCUCGAGACACUGUGGUCGAUUCUCGCAAAUCAUACCUCUUUCAGCACGACUUGAUCAAGACUGAUUUGAAUUAUCGCGAAGUUCUCACUGCGAAUCAUAAGGUAGACGAAGAUUCAAUAGAAACAGGCAGGCAUUUUCAGAAUCCUGUACUAGCCUACAUCACUCCCUGGAAUUCAAAAGGCUAUGAGGUGUCCAAGAAGUUCAGUUCAAAGUUUACACAUUUAUCACCUGUUUGGUAUGAACUUCGGAGUGAAGGUACCAAGUUAGUUCUUGAUGGAAGGCAUAACGCAGAUAAAGAAUGGAUUUCAAACAUCCAAAUGAGUGGAGAUGCUCUGAUUUUACCCAGAGUUGUCCUGGAAGCAAUCCCCAUGGAUCUUCUUAAAAAGAAGAAACAGAGGGAUAAAGCCAUAAAAAUUAUUAUUGCGGAGUGCAAGGAAAUGGAGUAUGAUGGUAUAGUUCUUGAGUCCUGGUCAAGGUGGGCAGCUUAUGGCAUCUUGCAUGAUCCUGAUAUUCGAAAUAUGGGCUUGCAGUUUAUACGCCAGCUUGGAGAAGCCAUGCAUUCCGUAAGGUUAGAAAAAAGGAAUAAGGCAAAAACACUGGAGUUGGUUUAUGUGAUAGGUCCACCACACUCGGAUAAGCUGCAGGACCAUGAUUUUGGGCCCAACGACUUACGAAGUUUGGGCAAUGCUGUGGACGGCUUCUCUCUCAUGACCUACGACUUCUCAGGACCUCAAAAUCCAGGCCCAAAUGCACCUCUGAAUUGGAUACACUCAACAUUGCAGCUCCUUCUUGGUGAUCGCGGAGGAGAUCAUCAUCAAAGUUUGGCUAGAAAGAUCUUUCUUGGCAUCAAUUUCUACGGAAACGAUUUUGUCAUUUCAGGAGGAUUAGGAGGGGGGCCUAUUAUAGGACACGAGUAUCUAUCGUUGUUGGAGAAGCACAAGCCUGCUUUGCAGUGGGAGAAGACCAGCGGCGAGCAUUUAUUCUUGUACACAGACGAACAGCACGCCAGGCAUGUCGUGUUUUACCCUUCGUUCAUGUCCCUUGCAAAGCGGCUCGAGGCAGCCCUUUCUUGGGAUGUUGGCAUCUCAAUCUGGGAAGUUGGGCAAGGAUUGGAUCCCUUUUUUCAUAUGUUGUAGUUGUAAUCAAACUCUCAUCUCCUUCUUUUAAUAACCCACUGCUGUUCAUUCUCUUUUAUUAGUUUUACUAGCCUUGUUGGAAACUAAGGGCACUACAGAAAUAACUUCUUUUUUUCUUCUUCCUGAAAGUGAAUAUGAACCUGCAUAGUUUCAUUA